GAUUGUAACCUGGUCCUUGUCUUUCAUUUUCUUCAGCCAGAGAGAAGAAACUCAGAGUUCAUCAUCGGACUGGGCAGAAGGGCUAUCACUCAAACUCUGGUUUACAUCAGGUGAGAGUUGGGUGGAGGUGCAGAGCAGCAAUCAUGGUGGCCCUGUCACUAAAGAUCGGCGUGGGGAAUGUGGUGAAGACCAUGCAGUUUGAGCCCUCCACCAUGGUGUACGAUGCCUGCCGUAUCAUAAGGGAAAGAGUUCCUGAGGCACAGCUUGGCCAGCCCAAUGACUAUGGGCUGUUUCUGUCUGAUGAAGACCCAAAGAAAGGCAUCUGGCUGGAGGCAGGAAAGGCCCUGGACUACUACAUGUUGAGGAAUGGAGACACUCUGGAGUACAAGAAGAAGCAGAGGCCUCUGAAGAUCCGCAUGCUGGAUGGCACAGUGAAGACCGUCAUGGUAGACGACUCCAAGAUUGUCAGUGACAUGCUCAUGACCAUCUGUGCAAGAAUAGGCAUCACAAACUAUGAUGAGUACUCACUGGUGCGAGACAUUGGUGAGGAGAAGAAGGAGGAGACCACUGGCACCCUGAAAAGAGACAAGACUUUGCUGAGAGACGACAAGAAGAUGGAGAAGCUGAAGCAGAAGCUCCACACAGACGAUGAGUUGCUUUGGCUCCAUGGUGAACGCUGGGGAAAGCAAGGUGUGGAGGAGACACGAGAUUUGCUCCUGAGGAAAAGAAAGUUCUUUCUAAACAAGUCAGAGCCAGAACGUGGACUCCAAGAAAGACCCCCAUUGAUGUUUGUGUGUCUGUGUGAACAGGCCCGUGAUGACAUUCUGAAUGGAUCUCAUCCAGUCUCCUUUGACAAGGCCUGUGAGUUUGCUGGCUAUCAGUGUCAGAUUCAGUUUGGCGACCACAACGAGUCCAAACACAAGGCUGGAUUUUUAGAUUUAAAGGAGUUCCUUCCAAAAGAGUACAUCAAGAACAAAGGAGAGAGAAAGAUCUUCCAGGCACACAAAAACUGUCAGAACAUGACCGAGAUCGAGGCCAAAGUCAGCUAUGUGAAGCUGGCCAGGUCUCUGAAAACCUACGGAGUGUCGUUCUUUCUCGUCAAGGAGAAAAUGAAGGGCAAGAACAAGCUGGUGCCUCGUCUGCUGGGUAUCACCAAGGAGAGUGUGAUGAGGGUGGACGAGAAGACCAAGGAGGUGAUCCAGGAGUGGAGCCUGACCAACAUCAAACGCUGGGCUGCCUCACCCAAGAGCUUCACCCUGGACUUUGGAGACUACCAGGAUGGUUACUACUCCGUGCAGACCACUGAGGGAGAGCAGAUAGCUCAGCUUAUUGCCGGUUACAUCGACAUCAUCCUUAAAAAGAAAAAGAGCAAAGACCAUUUUGGCUUGGAGGGAGAUGAAGAGUCAACCAUGCUGGAAGACUCUGUGUCACCCAAAAAGUCCACAGUCCUGCAGCAGCAGUUCAACAAGGUGGGCAAGGUGGAGACGGGCUCAGUGGCACUGCCAGCAAUCAUGCGUUCAGGAGCUGGAGGCCCAGAGAGCUUCCAGAUGGGCUCCAUGCCUCAGGCCAAGCAGCACAUCACUAGUGGACAGAUGCACCGAGGACACAUGCCUCCACUGACUUCAGCACAGCAAGCCCUGACUGGAACCAUCAACUCUAGUAUGCAGGCUGUCCAGGCUGCCCAGGCCUCUCUGGAUGGCUUUGAUACCCUGCCCCCACUGGGAACAGACGCUGCAUCCCAAGCCUGGCGCAAAAACAAGAUGGAUGAAUCCAAACAUGAGAUUCAUUCUCAGGUGGAUGCCAUCACAGCAGGCACCGCGUCCAUGGUCAACCUCACUGCAGGUGACCCAGCAGAGACAGACUACACAGCGGUGGGCUGUGCUGUUACUACAAUCUCCUCCAACCUGACAGAGAUGUCGAAGGGUGUUAAACUACUGGCAGCGCUCAUGGAUGACGAAGGAGGAAAUGGGCAACAGCUGCUGGGAGCUGCCAAGAACCUGGCCUGUGCCGUCUCUGACAUGCUGAAGACCGCCCAGCCUGCAAACACCGAGCCUCGUCAGAACCUGCUGCAAGCUGCAGGAAAUGUGGGCCAGGCCAGUGGAGAGUUGCUGUCUCACAUUGGAGAGACUGACACUGAUCCACAGUUCCAGGACAUGCUGAUGCAGCUGGCUAAGGCUGUGGCUAACGCUGCAGCAGCUCUGGUGCUCAGAGCUAAAAACGUUGCCCAGAAGACAGAGGACUCAGCACAGCAGAACCGCGUCAUCGCCGCAGCCACUCAGUGUGCUCUGUCCACAUCUCAGCUGGUGGCCUGCACCAGGGUGGUGGCUCCAACCAUCAGCUCCCCAGUGUGCCAGGAGCAGCUCAUUGAGGCAGGCAAACUGGUGGCCAAGUCUGUAGAAGGCUGUGUGGAGGCAUCACAGGGGGCCACCAAUGACGAGGGCCUCCUCAAACAGGUGGGUGUUGCUGCAACAGGUGUCACUCAGGCCCUCAAUGAGCUGCUUCAACAUAUCAAACAAUAUGCCAGCGGAGGCCAUCCUAUUGGACGCCACGGAGAAGCCACAGACCGCAUUCUGGAUGUCACAGAGAACAUCUUCAGCUCAAUGGGAGAUGCUGGUGAGAUGGUUCGUCAGGCUCGUAUCCUUGCCCAAGCCACGUCUGAUCUGGUCAACGCCAUCAAGAUGGAUGCAGAGGGCGAGUCAGACCUGGAGAACUCACGCAAACUGCUAUCAGCCGCCAAGCUGCUGGCUGAUGCCACCGCAAAGAUGGUGGAGGCUGCCAAGGGUGCAGCAGCAAACCCUGACAGUGAGGAGCAGCAGCAGAAGUUGCGAGAGGCAGCUGAAGGCCUCCGCAUGGCCACCAAUGCUGCUGCACAGAAUGCCAUUAAGAAACGUCUGGUCAACAAGCUAGAGAAUGCAGCCAAACAGGCAGCAGCAGCAGCCACUCAGACCAUAGCUGCUGCCCAGCAUGCUGCCUCCUCCAACAGGAACCAGGCUGCCCAGCAGCAGCUCGUCCAGAGCUGCAAGGUGGUGGCAGAGCAGAUCCCUCAGUUGGUUCAGGGAGUCAGAGGCAGCCAGUCUCAGCCUGACAGCCCCAGUGCUCAGCUUGCCCUCAUCAGUGCCAGCCAGAACUUCCUGCAGCCUGGUGCUAAGAUGGUUACAGCCUCCAAGGCCACAGUUCCCACCAUCAGUGACCAGGCUUCAGCCAUGCAGCUUAGCCAGUGUGCUAAGAACCUGGCCAGUGCUUUGGCUGAGCUCCGCACUGCCUCACAGAAGGCUCAGGAAGCGUGCGGCCCGUUGGAGAUAGACAACGCUUUGUCAAUGGUGAGAGAUCUGGAGAAAGACAUGAAGGAGGCCAAGAGUUCAGCUGAGGAGGGCAAACUCAAACCCCUGCCAGGAGAGACGCUUGAGAAAUGCUCCCAGGAUCUGGGUACAAGCACCAAGGCUGUGAGCUCAGCCAUCGCCCAGCUGCUGAGUGAGGCCACCCAGGGCAAUGAGAACUACACAGGCAUGGCAGCCAGAGACAUAGCCCAGGCUCUGAAGUCUUUGGCCUCAGCUGCCAGAGGAGUUGGUGCCACCACAGGCGACUCAUCAGCGCGUAACGCCAUGCUGGACUGUGCCGGUGAUGUCAUGGAUAAGUCCGCCAACCUGAUCGAAGAAACCAAGAGGGCCAUUGCCAAGCCAGGCGAUGCAGAGAGUCAGCAGAGGCUGGCCCAGGUGGCUAAGGCAGUGUCUCAGGCCCUGAACAGGUGCGUGAACUGCCUUCCUGGCCAGAGGGAUGUGGACAAUGCUAUCCGCACUGUGGGUGAAGCCAGCAAGACACUCCUAGCGGAUUCUUUCCCAUCCAGUGGAAGAAGCUUCCAGGAGGUUCAGGCUCAGCUCAACGAGGUGGCGGCUGGUCUGAACCAGUCAGCCAACGAGGUGGUUCAGGCGUCCAGGGGGACUACCCAGGACCUGGCCAGGGCCACCAGCAAGUUUGGACAGGACUUCAGCAACUUCCUGGAGGCUGGUGUUGACAUGGCCGGAACAUCCCAGUCUAAAGAAGAUCAGACACAGGUGGUGUCCAACCUAAAAACAAUCUCCAUGUCAUCCAGCAAGCUGCUGCUGGCAGCCAAAGCCCUUUCCACCGAUCCCAGCUCCCCCAACCUCAAGAACCAGCUAGCAGCUGCAGCUCGGGCAGUUACAGACAGUAUCAACCAGAUCAUCACCAUGUGCACUCAGCAGGCUCCAGGUCAGAAGGAGUGUGACAAUGCUCUCAGGGAGCUGGAGUCGGUGAAGGGGAUGCUGGAGAACCCAACAGAAGCCGUCACUGAGCUGUCGUACUUUGACUGCAUCGACAGUGUCAUGGAGAACUCAAAGGUCCUUGGUGAGUCCAUGGCUGGCAUCUCCCACAAUGCCAAGAACUCUAACCUACCAGAGUUUGGUGAUUCAGUCAGUGCUGGCUCCAAAGCCCUGUGUGGUCUUACUGAAGCAGCUGCACAGGCUGCCUAUCUGGUGGGAGUAUCAGACCCCAACAGUACAGCAGGUCAGAAAGGCCUUGUGGACCCCGCUCAGUUUGCCCGGGCUAAUCAGUCAAUUCAGAUGGCCUGCCAGAACCUGGUGGACCCAGCCUGCACCCAAUCUCAGGUGCUCUCUGCUGCCACUAUUGUGGCGAAACACACCUCUGCAUUGUGUAACGCCUGCCGUCUGGCCUCCUCCAAAACUCCAAACCCUGUUGCCAAGAGGCAGUUUGUCCAGUCAGCCAAAGAGGUGGCCAACACCACUGCCAACCUGGUCAAGUCCAUAAAGGCUUUGGAUGGAGCCUUUAACCAGGAGAACAGAGAGAAGUGUAAGGCUGCCACUGGUCCUCUGAUAGAAGCUGUUGACAACCUGACUGCCUUCGCCUCCAACCCAGAGUUCGCCAGCAUUCCUGCUCAGAUCAGCCCUGAGGGUCAUGCAGCCAUGGAGCCCAUUGUGGCUGCAGCAAAGAUGAUGCUUGAGAGCUCGACCGGCCUGAUCCAGACUGCCCGCUCUCUGGCUGUAAAUCCCAAAGACCCCCCCAAAUGGUCAGUGCUGGCUGGACACUCCAGGACUGUGUCUGACUCCAUCAAGAAACUUAUCACCAACAUGAGGCAGACUCUCCAUGAGCAGAUGGCUGCCUCUGUCCAUGAGAUCAGUAAUUUGAUUGAUCCUGUAGCUGUGGCUGCUCGCUCUGAGGCCUCCCAGCUGGGACACAAGGUAUCUCAGAUGGCCAGCUACUUUGAGCCCCUGAUAAUGGCAGCCAUUGGCACAGCGUCCAAGAUCCUCAGCAGCCAACAGCAGAUGGCUGUCUUAGACCAGACCAAAACCCUGACAGAGUCAGCCCUGCAGAUGCUCUACACUGCUAAGGAGGCUGGAGGAAACCCCAAGGCAGCACACAUGCAGGAGGCCCUGGAGGAGUCGGUGCAGAUGAUGAAAGAAGCAGUAGAUGACCUUGGUGCCACUCUGGCUGAGGCAGCCAGUGCAGCAGGCGCAGUGGGUGGCAUGGUGGACUCCAUCAAUGAUUCCAUCAAUAAAAUGGAAGACACACCUGCACUUGAACCUGACGGCACCUUUGUGGACUACCAGACUACCAUGGUUAAGACAGCCAAGGCCAUAGCUGUCACUGUGCAGGAGAUGGUGACUAAGUCUAACACCAACCCAGAUGACCUCGGAGGAUUGGCCAACCAGCUGACCAAUGAGUUUGGAAACCUGGCAAAUGAGGCCAAAUAUGCAGCUGUGACUGCAGAGAAUGAUGAAAUUGGUUCUCACAUUAAGAAGCAGGUGGGUGAGCUGGGUUUCAGCUGCACAGGUCUGGUGACAAAAGCUGGAGCUCUGCAGUGCAGCCCCAACGACUCCUUCACCAAGAAAGAGCUCAUUGAAAGCGCCCGCAAAGUCUCUGAGAAGGUCUCCCAUGUGUUAGCAUCCCUGCAGGCAGGUAACCGUGGCACCCAGGCCUGCAUCACAGCAGCCAGCGCUGUGUCUGGAAUCAUCGCAGACCUCGACACUACCAUCAUGUUUGCCACAGCUGGUACUUUAAACAGAGAGAACGCAGAGACCUUCGCUGACCACAGAGAAUGCAUCCUGAAGACAGCCAAGGCUCUGGUGGAGGACACCAAGCUGCUGGUAUCUGGGGCUGGAGCCAGUCAAGAAAAACUGGCCCAGGCUGCCCAAUCCUCAGUGUCCACUAUCACCAAAUUGGCUGAUGUGGUCAAACUGGGAGCCGCCAGCCUUGGUUCUGAAGACCCAGAAACCCAGGUGGUUCUGAUCAACGCAGUGAAGGAUGUGGCCAAAGCUCUGGGCAACCUCAUCAGCACUACCAAGGCAGCUGCAGGCAAACCGCAUGAUGACCCCAGCAUGCUGCAGCUUAAGAACUCUGCUAAGGUGAUGGUGACCAAUGUAACAUCCCUCCUGAAGACAGUGAAGGCAGUGGAGGAUGAAGCCACAAAGGGGACCAGAGCAUUGGAGGCCACGAUUGAACACAUCAAACAGGAGUUGGCUGUGUUCAGCAGUUCUGACCCACCACCAAAGACGACUACACCAGAGGAGUUCAUCCGCAUGACUAAAGGAAUCACUAUGGCAACGGCAAAGGCAGUGGCUGCUGGCAACUCUUGUCGUCAGGAAGACAUCAUUGCCACGGCCAAUCUCAGCAGAAGGGCUAUCGCUGACAUGCUGCACUCCUGCAAGGAAGCGGCCUACCAUCCUGAGGUCAGCAAGGACGUCCAGAUGAGAGCCCUGCGCUACGGCAAUGAAUGUGCUGUUGGAUAUCUGGGAUUGCUGGAGCAUGUACUGGUGAUCAUCCAGAAGCCCUCUCAUGAUUUGAAGCAACAGUUGGCCAGCUACUCCAAGCGGGUGGCAGGCUCUGUCACUGAGCUCAUCCAGGCUGCAGAGGCCAUGAAAGGCACAGAGUGGGUGGACCCCGAGGAUCCCACCGUCAUCGCAGAGAACGAGCUGCUGGGAGCGGCAGCAGCUAUUGAAGCAGCUGCCAAGAAACUGGAGCAGCUGAGGCCCAGGACCAAACCCAAGGAGGCAGAUGAGAGCUUGAACUUUGAGGAGCAGAUUCUAGAGGCAGCCAAGUCUAUCGCUGCUGCCACCAGUGCUCUGGUCAAAGCUGCUUCAGCAGCACAGAGGGAGCUGGUGGCUCAAGGGAAGGUGGGAGCGAUCCCAGCCAAUGCAGUGGAUGACGGACAGUGGUCUCAGGGGCUUAUUUCAGCUGCUCGAAUGGUUGCCGCAGCAACCAACAACCUGUGUGAGGCAGCUAACUCUGCGGUGCAGGGACACGCCAGCGAAGAGAAGCUCAUCUCAUCAGCCAAACAGGUGGCGGCCUCCACUGCUCAACUGCUGGUGGCCUGCAAGGUCAAGGCUGACCAGGACUCACAGACCAUGAAGAGGCUCCAGGCUGCUGGAAAUGCUGUGAAAAGAGCCUCUGAUAACCUGGUGAAAGCAGCACAGAAAGCAGCAUUCGAUGCUCAGGAUGACCAGGCUGUGGUGGUCAAGAGCAAGAUGGUGGGAGGUAUUGCUCAGAUCAUCGCUGCUCAGGAGGAGAUGCUACGGAAAGAAAGGGAGCUUGACGAGGCCAGGAAGAAGCUGGCCAUGAUCAGACAGCAGCAGUACAAGUUCCUCCCCUCCGAGCUGCGGGAGGACGGCCAGGAACAGUGAAAGUGUGUGUGCCUCGACGCAUCGGUAACACAACAGUGAUCCAUGGAAUGCUCAGGACCUUACCCCAGCUACAUGUAGAGAAAGGAGGCUUUAUGCUUCAUUAGAAAUGUAACAUUAGGCAGAUUGAAAAAAUUCAAAAGCAUAAUGAUGCCAAUGAUUAUGAAUUUUGAUAAUGCAGAAAUAUAUAUAUGCUUUAAGUCCUCAUUAAAAUAUCUUCUUUUGAUUAUUAUGAUCAUA